AUGGACGCCAAGAUCGCCGCCGGCAAUCCGCGGUUGACAUCUCCGACCUUCCGAGACACCUCCGCGCUGCGAGGUGCCACGAUUGCCUUUGCCAACUCGUCGAGAGCUUCGCAAGAUGCGGCUCACAAUCGCUCUACCUUCACCGAGCGUGCAUCUGCUAGCAACGUGAAUCGGUAUGCUCAUCGUCGCACUGAAAUGGAGUCUGAUCAAGGGCCGGAGGUCGGCUCGGUGAAGGACAAAAUUGGGCUCUUUACCAGGAACAACACACUGUCACCGCCGCUGACGCCAACCCGCUCCUCAUCCCCAUCUCCAGGACAAAUCGCAGCGCGACUCGCCGUUGAAAGAUCACCGUCUCGAGCACAGGAAGCCACGGUCGCUAUGGCUACCGCGAGAACAAUCACUACGCGCACUGCCAGUCGCAUGUCGGCUCGAGCACCGGAAGAACGACAGGAGCUGCGAGCACCAACCUCCCGUCGACCGAGAGCCAAUUUGCAAGACAGUUCAGCGGGCACAAUAAAUCGAGCAGAAGUUGUUUAUACCGAUAUCGAAUCAGAAGCAGAACCUCCCCAAAGGGGCUCUUCUCUUCCCCCGCGCGUCGCGAGUGUGCGCAUCUCCACCGCCAGCCCUCGUCCACCAGAACGAUCACGGAAGCCCCCAAGCUCUCAGGAUGGAGGGAAAUUGCAACUCCCGCCACGGACAGCACCCUCCAUAUCCACAACACGUACCCCAAAUUCUGCAGGGAUCCCUUCCAUACGUUCCUCCACGCCCAGUGUGACUUCUGCGUCCGGCCUCUCACAAACCAGCAGCUCGACCACUGUCAAUGAGUUGGGUGGCAUGGACGAGGAAGCGCUUUCAAAUGCAAUUGUUGCCUCGUCUCUCGCGUCCGCUCGAGCGUCUCCUACAACAAAGUUGGCUCCGCCCCCGCCACCUUCGAGACGACGCGCACGGUCCCGAUCAAUACUUCAAUUUGCCAGCUCCUCUCAGUCGGAACCGUCGCGAAGCCUCAGUCCGACAAAAGGAAUGCCGAUGACUUUACGCGGUAGACCAAAGGACGAGGAAGCCGAGUCGCAUCGCCGAUAUAAAAUCAAUCUGCUCCACAAACAUCCACAUAAGCAUCACGAAGGCGAUCGGAAGAGAUGGAAGCGCGAAGUUACCGAAAAAGAACGCAAGCGCUACGAAGGCGUGUGGGCAUCGAACAGAGGGUUGUUUGUGUCCGCAGACCGGGAGCUAGGCCGCCACAGAUUCAACGGGUACGCCCCAGGGCCGAUCCCUGCGGACAUGGUACUUAAUCUGGUAGCCCGUGAAAUCUGGUCCCGCAGUCGCCUGCCACCUGCAACGCUGGCACAAGUGUGGGAUCUUGUGGAUAGCCAGCAGAUUGGUCUCCUCACCAAGGAGGAGUUUGUGGUUGGAAUGUGGCUGAUUGACCAACUGCUGCGGGGUCACAAAUUGCCCGUCAAAGUUCCCGAUACGAUCUGGGAUAGUGUGAGAUUCGCAAGCGGGAUCAAACUCACGUCUGUUGGGCCGAAGGGCUGA